AUGGCUCUACCUACCUCCAAGUAUCUGGCCGAAAACUUCCUUUUUCUGCUGUUUGUAAUCUCUUCUAUAAGCACAGCAGAAGCAGCUGUCGCUUGUCCCGAUAAGGAUCCUGAGUUAGAAAACUGGAACCCAGGUCACAACAAAGAAAACCGCAUUGAAAUCCGUAAUGGCAGGAAGCUCCUUCUCUCUUCGUCCGCAACCGUCCACUCUAUCCACAUCACUGACGGAGGAAAACUGGUCAUUAAAGACGAUGUGCAGCCUAUAAUUUUGCGUACUAGACAUAUACUCAUUGAAAAUGAUGGAGAGUUACAUAUCGGCAGUGAGAUGUGCCCUUACCAAAGCAAUGUGGUUAUCAUCUUAUAUGGGCGAGCGGAUGACGGCAGCCAGCCAAAUCCCUACUUUGGGCAGAAGUAUCUUGGAGUAAGUAAGGGUGGCACUCUUGAGAUCCACGGAAAGAAAAAACUGUCCUGGACUUUCUUAAACAAAACUCUUCAUCCUGGUGGCAUGGAAGAAGGUGGAUAUUACUUUGAAAGAAGCUGGGGCCAUCGGGGUGUCAUUGUCCAUGUUAUUGACCCAAAGACGGGGGCAGUUGUCCAUUCAGAUCGGUUUGAUACCUACAGAGCAAAAGAGGAAAGCAUACGUCUCGCCCAGUAUUUGGGCAGAGUUGCGAAUGGCAUGAUCCUGUCAGUUGCAGUGAACGAUGAAGGAUCUAGAAACCUGGACGACUCGGCCAGGAAAGCAAUGACCAAACUGGGCAGCAAGCAUUUCCUCCACCUUGGGUUUAGGCACCCAUGGAGUUUUAUUACCGUUAAAGGAAAUCCCUCCUCUUCUGUUGAAGACCACGUUGAAUAUCAAGGUCACAAAGGGUCAGCUGUGGCCAAAGUAUUCAAACUAUUCAAAGCUGAGAAUGGAGAACAUUUUAACAUCUCUUCGACUAGUGAGUGGGUUCAAGAUGUAGAAUGGACAGAGUGGUUUGAGAAGCCUGAUAAAGCAAGAUCUAAGGACAUGGAGAAGCUUUCUGACUUCAAAGCUGCUCAUCCUGAUAAAAUCUGUAGGCAACCCAUUGACAUCCAGGCAAUGACGCUUGAUGGAGCUAAUUUAACAACUGAGGUUUUCUACAAGAGUGGCCACGAUUACAGGUUUCUGUGCCACAGCAAGGACCAGACAGGCGAGGGCUGCCAGAACUACAGAGUACGGUUCCUGUGUGGCAGAUCUGUGAAACCUAAGCUUACAGUAACCAUUGACACCAAUGUGAACAGCACAGUCCUGAAUCUGGUGGAUGACGUGAGCUCGUGGAAACCCGGAGACAGGCUGGUGGUUGCAAGCACCGACUACUCCAUGUACCAGGCGGAGGAGUUCCAAGUGCUGCCAUGCAGAGCCUGCAGACCCACCCAGGUCAAGGUAGCAGGGAAAGCAACAUACCUCCACAUUGGCGAAGUCAUUGAUGGCGUUGACAUGCGGGCAGAAGUGGGGCUGCUGAGCCGCAACAUCGUGGUGAUGGGCGAGAUGGAGGGGCGGUGCUAUGAGUACGGCAGCAAGUUAUGCUCCUUCUUUGAUUUCGACACCUUUGGGGGACACAUCAAGAUUGGUCUUGAUUUUAAGGCUACCCAUAUUGAAGGCCUAGAACUGAAAUAUAUGGGCCAGCAGACAAUGGGACAUUACCCAAUUCAUUUCCAUAUGGCUGGAGAUGUGGAUGAGAAAGGAGGCUACAACCCUCCAACGUACGUGAAGGAUGUGUCCAUCCACCACACCUUCUCCCGCUGUGUCACAGUCCAUGGAUCCAAUGGUUUACUGGUGAAGGAUGUUGUGGGUUAUGAUGCACUGGGCCAUUGCUUCUUUACGGAGGAUGGACCAGAAGAGCGCAACACAUUUGAUCACUGCCUUGGACUGCUUGUUAAACCUAGCACUCUGCUCCCCUCCGACCGAGACAGCAGGAUGUGCAAGCUGAUCACGGAGGGCGCUUACCCAGGGUACAUCCCUAAACCCAGGCAGGACUGCAGUGCCGUAUCCACCUUCUGGAUAGCCAACCCACACAACAACCUUAUAAACUGUGCAGCUGCGGGAUCUGAAGAAACAGGUUUUUGGUUUGUUCUGCACCACGUGCCGACGGGGCCUUCAGCAGGCAUGUAUUCCCCCGGCUACUCGGAGCACAUGCCGAUGGGGAAAUUCUCCAACAACCGCGCGCAUUCCAACUACCGGGCUGGAAUGAUCAUUGAUAAUGGCGUUAAAACCACUCCAGCCUCUGCCAAGGACAAAAGACCUAUCCUGACACUGAUUUCUGGGAGAUACAGCCCACACAAAGAUGCUGAUCCUUUGAAGCCCAGGGAACCUGCAAUAAUUGAGCGCUUUAUUGCCUACAAGAAUCAGGAUCACGGGGCCUGGCUGCGGGGUGGAGAUGUGUGGCUGGACAACUGCCAGUUUGCUGACAAUGGCAUUGGCCUGACCUUGGCGAGUGGUGGGACUUUCCCUCAUGAUGACGGCUCAAAGCAAGAAAUCAAGAACAGCCUGUUUGUUGGCGAGAGUGGAAACCUGGGCACCGAGACAAUGGACAACGAGAUCUGGGGACCUGGAGGUCUGGAUCACAGAGGAAGGACCCUUCCCAUCGGCCCGGAUUUUCCCAUUCGAGGAAUUCAGUUCUACGACGGACCGAUCAACGUCCAGAACUGCACCUUCCGCAAAUUCGCCGCCCUGGAUGGCCGGCACACGAGUGCCCUGGCCUUCCGGCUCAAUAAUGCCUGGCAGAGCUGCCCCAACAACAACGUCACCGACAUUCAUUUUGAAGACGUCCCUAUUACCUCAAGGGUCUUCUUUGGAGAACCUGGCCCCUGGUUUAAUGAUCUGGAUAUGGAUGGUGAUAAAACAUCAGUUUUUCAUGAUGUAGAUGGCUCCGUGUCAGAAUAUCCAGGCUCAUACCUGAUAAAAGAAGAUAACUGGUUAAUCAAGCACCCUGACUGCAUUGAUGUGCCCGACUGGAGAGGUUCCAUCUGCAGCGGACACUUUGCACAGAUGUACAUCCAAGCCUACAAGCCAGCCAACCUGAAAAUGAAAAUAAUAAAAAAUGACUACCACAAUCACCCACUCUACUUGGAAGGGGCUUUGAGCAAAAGCACGCAUUACCAGCAGUAUCAGCCAGUUAUAACUCUGAGGAAAGGCUACACCAUCCACUGGGACAAGACAGCCCCUGAAGAGCUGGCCAUAUGGCUCAUCAACUUCAACAAGAACGACUGGAUCCAAGUAGGGUUUUGCUAUCCUAAAGGGACGACAUUUUCCAUUCUCUCAGACAUCCACAAUCGUCUCUUGAAGAAAACGUACAAAACUGGAACCUUCUACAGAGCCUCUCAAAUGGAAAAAUUGGAGCACAGAUAUCCUAGCAAAGGAUACUACUACUGGGAUGAGGACACUGGGCUGCUGUUUCUGAAACUCAAAGCUCAAAAUGAGAAGGAGAAAUUUGCUUUCUGCUCUGUCAAAGGCUGUGAACGAAUAAGGAUCAAAGCUGUGAUCCCAAAGACGGCUGGUGUCAGCGACUGUGAAGCCAUGGCCUAUCCCAAGUACAUUGAGACACCAAUAGUAGAAGUGCCAAUGCCAAAGAAGCUCUCUAGUGCACAACUGAAGACUAAGGACCACCUACUAGAAGUGAAAAUAGAAACUUAUAAGAAACAGUACUUCCACUUAAAGGAUGACUUUGCGUACAUUGAGGUUGAUGGUGUCAGGUUUUUCCUCACUGAUGAGGGUAUCCAAGUGGUUGUGAUUGAUGGACAUCACGGAAAAGUUGUUGAUCGAGUAACAUUCAAAAACUCAAUUCUACAAGGAAUCCCAGCACAGAUAGAAAAUUAUGUCAACAACAUCAAAGAUCACUCCAUAGUGCUGGUGACAUCUAAAGGAAGAUUCAUUUCAAGAGGACCAUGGACUAAAGUACUGGAGAAACUUGGAGCAGAACAGGGUUUUAGGUUAAAAGAAAAAAUGGCUUUUGUCGGCUUCAAAGGCAGCUUCCGCCCUGUCUGGGUGAAGCUGGUCACAAAUGAGGACUCAGCUAAAAUCUAUCAAGCACUGCCAAUUCCUGUGGUGAAGAAAAUGAAAUUAUGA